CUGAAAAGUUAGCCUUGGUCUGGUUUUUAGCAAUUUCGAAUUUAACAGGACAUGUUUGAAAGAUGUAUAUAAGAACUUGUGAUCUAUGAGAUAUGAUUUCGAUCGACGGAUUUAUAUUCCACAGUUCUAGAUGUGUCAGAUUACAGAACGACAGCAUGUGAAUGUCGGACCAACAAGACACACCUGUUUCAAAGUCAGUUAGAGGACUUCAGGGAGGUGGGACGGCCGAACUCUGGCCAGCGUUUAGAGAAGAGGAUAACAUUAGAGAGGAAAAGAGGCAGGAGGACAGGGAGGAGUACAGGGAGGACAUGAAGGGGUACAGGCAGGAAGACAGGGAGGACAGGCAGGAGUACAAGGAGGAGGACAGGCAGGAGGACAGGGAGGAGCAUAUCGCAUUGGCACAUCCCAAUUGCCGAAGGGAAUUAGAAGGGUCAAGAGAAGGGGAAUCCCCAUUGAAAAACAGUUUAGUGGACUCAAACCUUUGAGAAUUAAGCUCAGACGGUGCGAUGAUGAG